GUGAGAGUAUGCCUCAUGAAAUAGGCAUACAAACUACAAAAACAAUAUAUUUCCUUUCCUACGAGCAUUUUCAAGUAUAUCUGAGGAUUCCCUGAUAUCGUCCUGAAUCAUUGGGCACGAUACCCUAUUUUAAGAUCAACCCUCAUACGACCCACGAUUGCACCUCAACCACACAAACAACUACCACAACGAAUUGCCUUAAAUAGAACAAAGCAAUGUCUCUUUUCCGAUCCGCUGGACUCCGCUUUGCGCGGCCUUCCAUUCAAUUCACAUGUGCACGCACAUUCGUCACAAGCCCGCGAUUGAACUCAGACUCGCCGGUCCUGUCCCGCCUCAGAAGUGACCUGAAGACUGCGAUGCGCUCGAAAGAUACCCCGCGGCUCAAUGUUCUGCGUGCGCUUCUCGCCGAGAUAACGAAUGCCUCCAAAACGAACAAGCCCAUCGAAUCCGACGUUCUGCUGUACGGGCUUCUGAACAAACAGAUUGCAGGAUCCGAGAAGUCGGUGGAGGAAUUCCAGAAGGCGAAGAGGGACGAUUUGGUACAAAAGGAGCAGGGCCAGAUUGAAGUCAUGAAGGGAUACCAGGAAGAGAUUCCUCAGCUCAGUCAGGAGGAGAUGGAUAGAGUGAUCCAAGAGGUAGUGAAUAAGGCCAAGAGCGACCCUACAGCGUUCAACCGUGGAGCAGUCAUGAAGGCAAUCUUUGCUGAGGUUGCUGGCAAAGUGCACGAUUCGAAAUACAUCUCUGAGAAGGUUAAGGAGCUCACUUCGUAAGGGAAAAGGGCGACUGGUUGACGAGUUGGUGAUAACGUUGGAAUGAUUGUAUGAUAGCCUAUACUUAACGUAUGUAAUCUCAAUUCCUGUAAGCUAGCAUUGUAGGCCAAUAUAGAUCAACAAUUGGCAAGAUGGUAGGUUGUGCCGAAUCUGCGCCUGAGACUGUGCUGAGCUCAUUGUUUAUGUGAGUAGUGGUAUUCUGUCUGGAUAAUGCGGAGAAUAUCAUAGUCGGAAGGACAGGCUUGCGAAUAGGAUGUAGU